AAAUUGUAAAAUCAUAUUUCAAAUUAAGCGCGUGUUACAUAAAUAUUAGUAAAAUAGAAAUAUUACAGUGUUACUUUGUUUAGUGAUUUAAAUAAGUUAUGGCAUUUGACUGGUUUGAUAACCUAGGAAGACCACAAUUUGUAGUGGCCCCUAUGGUUGAUGCGAGUGAACUAGCCUGGAGAUUAUUAUGUAGGAACCACGCAGCGCAAUUAUGUUAUACUCCUAUGCUGCAUAGCAACAUUUUUACUAAGGAUUCUAAAUAUAGGAAAGAAUAUUUUACCACUUCUUCGAAUGAUCGUCCCUUAAUCGUUCAGUUUUGUGGUAAUGAUCCUGAUGUAAUGGCUGCUGCCGCUAAACUGGUUGAAAAGGACUGUGAUGCAAUAGACAUUAAUCUUGGAUGCCCACAAUCUAUAGCCAAGCGGGGUAGAUAUGGUGCUUUUCUGCAGGAUGACUGGUCUUUACUACAAAAAAUAGUUACCGCUAUGUCCCAAGCUGUUUCUGUACCCAUCACAUGCAAAGUGCGGGUUUUUGAGACCAUAGAUAAAUCUAUUGAAUAUGCAUUAAUGUUGCAAAAUGCUGGAUGUAAACUAUUGACAGUACAUGGAAGGACAAGAGAACAGAAAGGGCCUCUUACAGGAAUUGCCAGUUGGGAACACAUAAAAGCAGUAAGAAAAGCUGUAUCAAUACCAAUGUUUGCAAAUGGUAACAUACAAUGUUUAGAAGAUGUUUUUAGAUGUAUAAAUUUCACUGGAGUGGAUGGUGUCAUGAGUGCAGAAGGAAUAUUGACUAACCCAGCUCUCUUUGAAGGAAUCAAUCCAGUGACAUGGGAAAUUGCAAUGGAAUACCUUGAUUUAGUUGAAAAAUAUCCUUGUCCUUCAUCAUUUAUAAGAGGCCAUUUGUUUAAGAUAUUUCACAAAAUAUUUACCUUAGAAAAUAACAAUGGGGAUAGAGAACUUCUAGCCACAGCACAAAAUUUGAAUGACUUCAGGCAAGUUUGCAUAAGAAUAAGACACAAAUACUUACCAUUCCAUGAAGGUAGAAUACAUUUACAGGAUGAUGAUGGUAUGACAAGAUGUGGAUUUGAUUUAAUACUACCUCCUUGGAUAUGCCAACCGUAUGUAAGGAUUUCACCGGAAGAGCACACACAGAAGAUGGAAUUAUGUAAACAACAGGAUAAUACAAAAAGGAUUAUCGAGGACCCAGAUGGAAUUCCUAUUUCUAGAAAGAAAAUGAAGAAAUUAAGACGAUACUUAAGAAGACCUACAAAGCCCGAUGCUGCUACAAACAGAAACCGUGAUAUAUGUACAAAUGAUGUUUGCCCCAAUCCUUGUGGUAUAAAAUGUGCAUAUCAACUAUGCAAAAAGUGUUGCAGAAAUAAAUGUUAUAAUGAGGACUGCUUUUGCGAAGGACACGAUUUUCGUAUGUAUAAACGUGAAAAGGUGAAAGAAAAUAAAGACAAC